AUGGUAAUUCUGCUCCCCGCUCACCUCCGCUGGCUGCACGAAUCACCGCAUCGUCACCUCCUAGAUAAGGCUCCGUCUGCAAUCGCGCAGGAAGCCACAAGCACACAGUAAGCUACUGACUCAGUGGCUGGAAGACCUGCCCCUUUCUACUCCUUCGCAUCUACUCGCCGCCCUUCUUAUCACUCCCUCUUCUCUCUUCUUUCUUCGCCGAUGGUCGAAAAUCCUACGAUUCACGGCAUCGCCAUCCCCAAGAUGAGGCUCCGUCUGUAACGCAGCAGGGGGCACAAGGUAAGUGACUCCCUAGGUAAGCUGAAUAUCGCUUGAUUAUCGUUGCCUAAUUAUCCCUUUCUUUCAGUACUCAGCAAGCUAUUGACCCAGUGACCGGAUGACCUGCCCCUUUCUCCUCCUUCGUAUCUUCUCUCCGCAAUUGUCCUUUGCCCUUCAGUCUGUCUCCACUCUACUCUACUGACUUACCCCACGGUCGAAAGUCCUGCGGGGAGGGUAACAGCAAUCACGUAGGUGGCUCAGGACAUUGGCCGUUCUCUUACUAGACCCCGUGACCCAUAAUGGAGAACAGUAUCCCUCUGGUGAGCACUGGGAGCACUGUUUUUCACUCGAGGGGGAAGGCGUUGGAAAACGCCUCCUAAACAAUGCAGGGCUCAUGACAUCUGCGCGCUGACUGUGGCUCACAGACUGCUUAAUAUGCUAACGGAACCAAAACUCCAGAUAAAAUACUCUCUAUUUCUCCUCCUUUCCACCGUCCCAGCCGACAGACAGCUAGGGUGAGUCUGCUCACUCUGGCAGCCUGGAAUGUUCGUUUCCUCUUAGACGAUCCGAGAAGGAACCGACCGGGACGGAGGACAGCGCUAAUGGCUCUGGAACUGGCGCGUUACAGGGUGGACAUCGCUGACCUCAGCGAGACCCGGUUCUUCGAACGAAGCCAACUGCAGGAGGUGGAUACUGGCUACGCCUUGUUCUGGAACGAUGUUCCCAAAGCAGAGCGACCUGACGAGAGCAUCGCCCUUGCCAUCUGGAACGACAUCAUGGGACGACUGCCCUGUCUGCCGCAGGGCAUCAACGAUCGCCUGAUGAGCCUCCGCCUGCCUCUCCGGGGAGGCAAAUUCGCCAUCAUGGUCAGUGUCUACACCCCGCCGAUGACCAGUACAGACAAGGCGAGGAACAAAUUAUACGAGGAUCUUCACGCCCUCCCCGCGACUGUGCGGAUGGCAAAUAAGUUGAUUGUCCUUGUUGACUUCAAUCCCCGCGUCAGCACAGACCAUGAUGCCUCGAGAGGAGUGUUGGGUCCCUAA